UGGCAAUCUUGAACGGUUCGGGUGGUGAGCUCCCACUCGUCAUUCCGCUCGCCCCAGCGCAAGUCGUCGUUUGCCUGGAUAUACACAGACCAUGUCGCCACCACAGCAGCAACACACCGCGGCCGUGGAAGAGGCCGUGAGCCACGUGGCCUACGCGCUUAGCGACUUCUCAUAUCUGGUGCAGCCCGUGCCUUUUGGCUCAGCACUAGAGAAAUACAUCGUCAGUGCGCGGCGCAAUGUCUUCGACCAGGUGGGCAAAGUGGAGGAGAGCUCCGCAGGCCAGGAGCUUAUUGAACGCGCCUAUGCUGCAGCCGCACGUGGCCAAUUCGUGACGCUGUUCGCAUCAUCUCCUUCGGCGCUGCUGCAAAUGGUACCCGCCAUGUACAAACUCAGCAGCGCACAGCUGCCCGCCGUCAUCCACGUUGUGGCACGCGAACACUCGGACCUCAUGGCCGUGCGUCAGACUGGUUUCGUCAUCCUCAAUUCCCUCAAUGCCACCGAAACGGAGGAUAUGGCGCUGCUGGCGCACGUGGCCUCACUGCGUGCGAACGUGCCGUUCUUGCACGUCUACGACGGAGAGAUGGCUCACAACGACUUGGAACAGCGCGUGGCUUCCUCCAGCAAAUUCAACAACGCGCUCGUGGAUUACCAGUACCUGGCCAACCUUAUCGGCCUCAAGAAUGCGUCGGAGACCACUGAUUUCCGUCAGCUCGUGCUCAGCAAAUCGGGAGUGGCCGACAAUGCUGACGAUGGUGAGCUUUAUUUCCAGGUCUCACCCGAAUGCAUCGCCAAGUACAACGCCGUCCCCGAGGUCGUAGAGGACGUGAUCAAGCAGGUGUUCGCCAAGAAAGGCUACCAGCUCUUCGAAUAUUUUGGUCACCCUGAGGCCGAACAGGUGCUCGUGGUCAUGGGCACAGCUUCCACUGUCGUCAAAGACGCUGUUGAGUCGCUCUACACCAACUGGAAGGCCAAGGUCGGUGUUAUCUCCGUGCGUCUUUUCCGUCCGUGGUCGACCAAGUCUUUCCUGAGCGUCGUACCCGCUACAGCCACCAAGUUCGCUGUCCUGGAUCGCAUGGAUGACGCUACCAACGUCGGUGAGCCUCUGUUCAUGGACGUGUUGGGCUCCUUCCAGUCCGAAGAGUGGCAGAACAAGCCCGUGCCUUCAGUCAUUGGCGGCAAGUACGCCUUUAACGUGACCGAAUCGGUUUUCGAUGUCGUUACUGCACGCACUCUGGUUGAGGAGCUGGCUGCUGACAAGCUGCAGAACGGCUUUAUCGUUGCUUCCCCGACUGCCACUGAGCAGUUCAACAUCAACAAAACCGACACUACGCAGCUGGUCAACUCAUACGUGUCGUCCAAGGACGGCUUCGAGGCUCCGUACGUCAAGAUGUUGCUGCAGCUGUUCGAGAAGCGCGCUGUCAUCGCCAACCUCGUACGCUCCGAGACUGUGUGGAAGACGCAGGACAAGUCCGUGGGCGACAGCGUAACCCUUGAGAAUGGCGAGUUUGGGUUUGGUGUACACCUCGGUAUCCUGGCGAAGCGUCAGGAGCUCAAGGACAAGGUCAAGGCGCUUGUUUCCAGCGGACACGCUAAGACAAUUGUUUCGCAGCGUCUACUCGAGUGCCUUGUGCAAUGGUCAGAGAAGCAGCCCAAGCACGAGGAGCUUGCCAACGAGAUCACUAUUCUGCUUGAGAACGAGCAGCACCAGGGCGGAGUCCUAGCCGAGAUCUACGCUUUGAAGCAGUACUUUGCACCGUUGAGCCAGUGGAUUCUGGGUAGCGAGGAGUUCUCGCGUGACGUCGGCGCUUCGGGUGUUCACCAGGUGCUUGCUAGUGGUGAAAACGUCAACCUGUUGAUCCUUGACACGGAGCCGAUGAGCGCCGUCAACCGAAGCAACCGCAAGCGUGAUCUGGGUCUGUAUGCGAUGCAGUAUGGCAACGCUUACGUCGCUUCUGUUGCGUUGUACGACUCGUACUCGCAGGUGUUGCGUGCGCUGAACGAGGCGGAUGCCUUUGACGGUCCAUCGAUCGUACUGGCGUACGCGCCGAGUGCCAGUAACAUGGAACAGGAAACCAAGGAGGCUGUAACCAGCGGAUACUGGCCACUCUACCGCUACAACCCUCUUCUAGAGGAUGUGGAAGGUGAGAAGGCCUUCUCUCUGGAGUCACCGAGCAUCAAGAAGGAGCUGCUGACGUUCCUACAGCGCAACAACCAGCUGAGUCUGUUUGCUAAGCAGGCUCUGACUGCUCCUACCGCUGCCUCAGUAACGGAGAAGUACGAGCAGAUCGGGCAGGAGGCGCUGAAGACCAGCUUCGAAGCUCUUCUGAAUGGCUUUGGGGGCCAACAGCAGGAGCCGUGGCAGGUCGACACCAAGCUGUGGCUUCUUGUUGGCUCGGACAACGGCCACGCUGAUGAAUUCGCCUCGAAACUGGAGGAGGACGCUUUGAACUUUGGUCUGAAGAACGUAGAGAAGAUGGACAUGAACGACAUGACCAUCGACCAGCUUCUGGACGAGGCCAACGACGAGAACGCGUACGUCGUGUUUGUGUGCUCGACUGCCGGUCAGGGUGAGUUCCCGAGCAAUGCCAAGGAGUUUUGGGGUGAGCUGUCAGGAUUCAGCUCGACGCUUCCGCUGCAGUACGCGGUGUUCGGUAUGGGUGACAGCUUGUACUGGCCCCGUGAGGACGAGAAGCACUACUUCUGCAAGGCUCCCGUGGACCUCGACGCUAAGCUGAGCGAGCUGGGAGCUAAGCGUAUCAUUGACCUCGCCAAGGGUGACGACCAGGACGAAGAUGGUCCGAUGACUCAGUUUGAGACGUGGAAGCCGCAGCUAUGGGAGCAGAUCGGCAUCCCCACCGACGUUGUCAACCUCCACCAGGGCACGAAGAAGAAACAGCGCACGAACGAAGAGAUCAAGCAGCAGAGUAACUACUUGCGCGGGACGGUAGCUGAGGGUCUGGAAGACCGCACAACCAAGGCGCUUGCUGCUGAUGACACGCAGCUAACCAAGUUCCACGGCAUCUACCAGCAAGAUGACCGCGAUCUUCGUGAGCAGAUGCGUCUGGAGAAGAAGGAGAAGGCUUUCGGCUUCAUGAUCCGUGUGCGUGUUCCCGGUGGUGUGUCGACUGCCGAGCAGUAUCUGAUGAUUGACCAGCUCGCCGACUCACACGCCAAUGGUAACAUCAAGCUGACUACUCGCCAGGCGUACCAGCUCCAGGGAAUUCUCAAGUGGAACCUGAAGCCUAUUGUGCAAGGUAUCAACCGCGUGCUGAUGGAUUCACUGGCCGCUUGUGGCGACGUGAACCGUAACGUGAUGGCUACUGUUAAUCCUUCGUGCUCUGUGGAGACCCACGAGGAGAUCCUGGACAUUGCUCGCGACAUCUCAGCCCACCUGACCCCGAAGACGAGCGCUUACCACGAGAUCUGGCUUGACAAGAAGAUGGUCGCAGGUGGCGAGGUGAAGGACUUUGAGCCUUUCUAUGGUGAGGCGUAUCUGCCGCGGAAGUUUAAGAUUGCUAUCACGAUUCCUCCGGCCAACGAUGUGGACGUGUUUGCUAACUGUCUGGGUUUCAUCGCUAUCCUCGAGAAGGACAAGCUGGUCGGCUUCAACGUCACUGUGGGCGGAGGCAUGGGCAUGACCCACAACAACAAGAAGACGUACCCGCGUCUGGCUGAUGUCAUGGCGUUCUGCACGCCUGACCAGGCCAAGGAUGUGGCCGAGAAGAUCAUGGUGCUGCAGCGCGACUUCGGUGACCGUGUGAACCGCAAGCACGCUCGCUUCAAAUACACGGUGGAGGACCACGGUCUGGAGUGGAUUCGUGCCGAGACCGAGAAGCGCCUAGGCUACAAGCUGCAGGAGCCGCGCAAGUACAAGCUGCUAUCGAACGGCGAUCGCUUCGGCUGGAUUAAGAACUCGCACGGCAAAUACCACUACGGUAUGUUCAUCGAAGGCGGUCGUAUCAAGGACACCAAGGAGACCGGCAUCCGUUCGGGUCUGCGUGAGCUGGCGAAGACAUUCCCGCACGUCGAGUUCCACCUCACGGGUAACCAGAAUCUGAGUCUGGGCAACAUCUCUGAGGACGAGAUCCCGCAGAUCAAGGCUCUCAUGGAGCACUACAAGUUCGGCAACGACAACUACUCGGGCAUGCGUCUGAACUCCAUUGCCUGUGCUGCUCUGCCGAUGUGUGGUCUUGCCUUCGCUGAGGCUGAGCGUUAUCUACCGUCGCUGGUCACCAAGAUCGAGGACAUGCUGGAGGCGAACGGGCUCCGUGACGACGCGAUCGUGAUCCGUAUGACUGGCUGCCCCAACGGCUGUGGGCGUCCGUAUCUGGGCGAGAUCGGCUUCGUGGGUCGCUCCCCGGGAAUUUACAACAUGUACCUCGGUGCAGGUUUCUCCGGUGACCGUCUCAACAAGCUCUACAAGGAGGCUGUGGAUGAAGCGCAGAUUCUGGAGGAGCUCGAGCCUAUUAUCAAGGACUACGCGGAGAACCGCGACCAGGGCGAAAAGUUCGGCGACUACGUUAUCCGUGCGGGAUACGUCAAGGCCUGUCUCGCCGCUCCACUCGUGGAGAACCGUGCCGCUGGCGACACCUUCCAUGCAUAAGUGAGCUUGUCGUAAAUGUAGUAACAUGUAUUCAAAAUAAAUAUCCUCAAACAAUACUGCAACGUCAGCACUUUUUAGC